GAUACUGGGAGUUCUUUAGUUCUUGAUUGAAUAACCUAUCACCUGCCGGAUCGAGAGGUGCGAGGAUCAGUGAUGGACAACAACUCGGAGGGAAGGUUGGACAAUCUUGAGAUCACAGUGGAAGGGAAUUAAGGAAGAGACGACAGCGAAAAGGCGCGACUUACAACAAAUGAUGAAGAUGAUGGGUGGAGGCUCGAAUAAUCAUGAAGGAGGCUCCGAAGGGGGUAAUAGCUCGGUGAACUCAAAAUUCCCAUUUCCAGGUGAAGUCCAGCAAAGAGGCACUGUAGUGUUUUGACUUUUUCAUUUAUAUCUGUGUAAUUCUCAGACUCUAUUCCCAAGCCUGAAGCCAUUCAAGACAUGUCAUCUUUUCUUGAAAUAUCACUUACAUUGUGAUUACUGACUGAAUUUUAUGUUAUAGGAUUCAUUCACAAGGUGCUUCAAAUCAAAUCCUCCAGAACCUUGGAACUGGAAUGUUUAUUUGUUUCCUUUGUGGUGCUGUGGAGUUGUGAUUCGAUAUUUUGAUUAUUUUCCCUAUUAGAAUUCUAGUGUUGACAUUAGGAUGGAUUAUAUUUCUUUCAGCCUUCAUUCCAGUGCACUACCUCCUGAAAGGAAAUGACGACUUGAGGAAAAAGAUUGAGAGGUGUUUGGUGGAGAUGAUGUGCAGUUUCUUUGUUGCAUCCUGGACUGGGGUUGUUAAGUACCAUGGGCCAAGGCCCAGUAUACGACCAAAACAGGUUUUUGUGGCCAAUCAUACUUCCAUGAUUGAUUUCAUUAUCUUAGAACAGAUGACUGCAUUUGUUGUUAUUAUGCAGAAGCAUCCUGGAUGGGUUGGAUUAUUGCAGAGCACUAUUUUAGAGAGUGUGGGGUGUAUCUGGUUCAAUCGUACAGAGGUGAAGGAUCGAGAAAUUGUGGCAAGGAAAUUGAGGGAACAUGUCCAGGGAGCUAACAAUAACCCUCUUCUUAUAUUUCCUGAAGGAACUUGUGUAAAUAAUCACUAUACAGUCAUGUUUAAGAAGGGUGCAUUUGAACUUGGCUGCACAGUUUGCCCAGUUGCAAUCAAGUACAAUAAAAUUUUCGUAGAUGCUUUUUGGAAUAGUCGAAAACAAUCAUUCACCACUCAUCUCUUGCAAUUAAUGACAUCUUGGGCUGUAGUUUGUGAUGUUUGGUACUUGGAGCCACAAAACUUGAAGCCUGGAGAGACAUCCAUUGAAUUUGGAGAGAGGGUGACAGAUAUUAUCUCACAUCGUGCUGGGCUUAAAAAGGUUCCUUGGGAUGGAUAUCUGAAGUACUCUCGCCCCAGUCCAAAACACAGAAAGAAAGCAACAAAACUUUGCUCAGUCUGUGUUGCGGCGCUUAGAGGAAAAAUAACGCAUACCAUUUUACCAUUAAGCGAGGGCUUUCCCCUGCCCUUCUUUCUAUUCUACUUGCAUUUUGUUUGUUUAGAUAUACCUGACAGAUAUUUUCAUGAUUUGUUGCACUCUGAUACUGACAAAUUAAUAAGAACUGGCUAG